AGUGAAGGUAUGGAAAAGGAAAAUGCAACCUUUUUGACAGAGUUUAUUCUCACAGGAAUUUCUUAUCAACCACAGUGGAAAAUCCCCCUGUUCCUGGUGUUCCUGUUGAUCUAUCUUCUGACUGUUGUUGGGAAUGUGGGACUCAUUGUUCUCAUCUGGAGUGACUCUGCCCUCCACAUCCCCAUGUACUUUUUCCUUGGGAGCUUAGCCUUUGUGGAUGCUUGGAUAUCAUCUACAGUGACUCCAAAGAUGCUCGUCAAUUUCUUAGUCAAGAGUAAUAGGAUAUCACUCUCUGAAUGUAUGAUACAGUUUCUUUCCUUUGCAUUUGGUGGAACAACAGAAUGUUUCCUUUUGGCAGCAAUGGCAUAUGAUCGCUUUGUAGCCAUAUGCAAGCCAUUGCUUUACCCAGUUAUUAUGACAAAUAGACUAUGCAGCCAGCUGUUAGUCUUGUCAUUUGUAGGUGGCUUUGUUCAUGCCCUCAUUCACGACGGAAUUUUAUUUAGAUUGACCUUCUGUAAUUCCAACAUAUUGCAUCACUUUUACUGUGACAUUAUACCUUUAUUUAAGAUUUCCUGUACCGAUCCUUCUAUUAAUUUUCUAAUGGUUUUCAUUUUAUCUGGUUCAAUUCAAGUGUUCACCAUUGUAACUGUUCUUGUCUCUUAUACAUUUAUUCUCUUCACAGUACUAAAAAAGAAGUCUGAAAAGGGUGCAAGGAAGGCAUUCUCCACCUGUGGAGCCCAUCUCUUAUCUGUCUCUCUGUAUUUUGGUCCUCUUCUCUUCAUGUAUGUGUGUCCUACAUCUCAAAAAGCAGAUGACCAAGACAUGAUGGACUCCUUAUUUUAUACAAUCAUAAUUCCUGUGUUAAAUCCUAUGAUCUAUAGUCUGAGAAAUAAGAAAGUUAUAGCCUCACUGUCAAAAAUGUUAUACAGAAAUGUUUAG